GCGAGCGCGAGUUCAUCGAUUUAGAAGAAAGUGAGACAGCGCCUCUCGAAACAAACUGAAACUAAAUAUUCAAAUUGUCGUGCGCUGCGUGUGUGUGUGGGUGCAACCAGAAAAUAUAUCUCAAGAAUAUCUGAAUACUAUCUAACAAAUAAAAAUCAAGCUCCUGGAUUUAUGAGCACUAAAACUUAGUUCCCGAAAAAAAAGUUGUGAGCACAAAAUACAAGUGAAAAACCAAGCGAAUGGCAUAAACUAAAGACAUUUGGAUUACAAAAAAAAAACCCCCCGCAUUUCGGAUAUAAUAUCGCAAAAGGCAGAAAAACCUAAGAAUUUCUUCAACGGCGCCAGAAUGGAGAACCCUACACAGAAUGUAAACGAAACCAAGGUGGAGCUGGGCCAGGAGAUGGAGCAGGAGGCGCUGGAGGAAGAGCAUUCCACCAAGGAGACCAUCAUUGACAUUCCCACCGCGUGCUCCUCCAGUUCCUCAACCUCCUCAUCGUCCUAUGACACGGACUGCAGCACGGCGAGCAGCACCUGCUGCACCCGCCAAGGUGAACACAUCUACAUGCAACGUGAGGCCAUUCCGGCCACGCCCCUUCCGGAGGCAGAGGAUCUGGGCCUGCUGAAGUACGUGCACCGCCAGCACUGGCCCUGGUUCAUCCUAGUGAUCUCCAUCAUUGAGAUUGCCAUCUUCGCCUACGACCGCUACACAAUGCCCGCCCAGAACUUCGGGCUCCCCGUUCCGAUUCCCUCGGAUUCGGUGCUGGUCUAUCGGCCGGACAGGCGCCUCCAGGUGUGGCGCUUCUUCAGCUACAUGUUCCUGCACGCCAACUGGUUCCAUCUGGGCUUCAACAUCGUCAUCCAGCUGUUCUUCGGCAUUCCCCUGGAGGUGAUGCACGGCACGGCCAGGAUUGGAGUCAUCUACAUGGCUGGUGUGUUCGCCGGUUCCCUGGGCACCAGUGUCGUCGACUCGGAGGUGUUCCUGGUAGGCGCCAGCGGUGGCGUCUACGCUCUUUUGGCCGCCCAUUUGGCCAACAUCACACUGAACUAUGCGCACAUGAAGAGCGCAUCUACGCAACUAGGAUCUGUGGUCAUCUUUGUCUCCUGCGAUCUGGGCUAUGCUCUGUACACCCAGUACUUCGAUGGCGGUGCUUUUGCCAAGGGUCCCCAGGUGUCGUACAUUGCCCACCUGACGGGAGCUCUGGCUGGACUCACGAUCGGAUUCCUGGUGCUGAAGAACUUCGGCCAUCGGGAGUACGAGCAGUUGAUCUGGUGGCUGGCUUUGGGCGUAUACUGUGCCUUCACCGUUUUCGCCAUCGUUUUCAACCUGAUCAACACGGUCACCGCCCAACUGAUGGAGGAGCAGGGCGAGGUGAUCACCCAGCAUCUGUUGCACGACCUGGGAGUGUCCUAAAUAUGAGGAUUCAGAUGCAGCUUCUUCUUUAGGAGAGAUCGAGAGACAGAGAGUUGAUGGGAAAAGAAAAGUUCACUCAACGAUUUAGUUCAAAACUAAAUUCGAAAUUCGUUUGGCUUUUGCUUUUCGUUAGCAUUACCGUUAUCGUUACCGUUUGCAGUUACCGUUAACCGUUUCAGUUCCGAAACACCAUACACAAACUCAAAAGAAAAAUUAUAAGAAGAACAUAGACCGAAGCCGAAACGUGUAAACAAAUGUUGUGAUAGAACCAAAGACUGAAUUUAUUUCGCGUGUAAAAACAAAGUAAAAAUCAAGAGGAAAUCAAGAAACUAAGAUCUAAACUAAUCGCCUCUCGCUAUGAUUUAAAUUAAACCCCAUUAUCCAUGUUUUCGUUUAAUGGUUUUCGCCUGUUUUCUUAAAUUAUGUAUUUAUUGGCAGCAAUUACUCUGAAUGAAUCGAAGCAUCAGGCAUCAGCAAACUGUAUCAAAUUGUUUAUACAUCCAUAAGCAUAAUCUGCUCUCGAACUAUGUAGGUCUUAGCGAUAUAUACAUAUACUUAUCUAGGUAUAACUAGCCCCCUAACAAAUUGUUUCAAAUUGUAAAUACUAUUAAGUCGCACACUAGUCAAACAACAACAACAAAAAUGAACGAUGGAAAACCACAGCAAAGAACCAUUCAAUUCAGAUCAAUUAGGCAAAUCAAAUUAAAUUAAAUUAAAGUCACUUAAUGCGUUACAAAAUCGAGCAAAUAUUUAUCGUAAUCCCCCUUACACACACAGACACUCAAAAGUAUUACUAAUUAUAUUUAUUUAUUGAAGG